AUGGACGACCGGGACAUCGACAUUCAGCGGAUCCUUUGGAGACCAACCAUGGCCGAACCCACUGCCGAAUAUCAGCUCCGCACCGUCACGUAUGGGACCACCGCUGCUCCGUUCCUCGCGCUUCGCGUUCCUCAACAGCUAACGGAGGAUGAAGGAGCUCGCUAUCCAUUAGCGGUCCCAGUGUUGCGCCAUAAUACGUACGUAGAUGAUUGUAUAUUCGGUGCGGACACACUAGAAUUAGCGGCAAAAAUCCGGAAUCAAUUAACGGCCUUGCUAAGCUGCGGAGGAUUCAUCUUAAGAAAAUGGGCGAGCAAUCGUCUUCAAUUAUUGGACGGAGUGGAUCCGGAGAACCACGGGCUGAGCCCGGAACCACUAAACUCCAGAUCUUGUCCAAAGUUCACAAUAUCAAGGUUCUAUGAUCCUCUGGGCUUAGCUACUCCGGUGUUGGUGAAAGCCAAAAUGCUUAUGCAACAUCUCUGGGCACUCAAGUGCGGGUGGGACGAGACCAUUCCGGAGUCGGUUAAAACCGAAUGGGCCUGCAUACAUGCGGACCUGCCUGCCUUGGAAGAGUUGAUAGUUCCUCGAUGGACUGGUUUCCGUCCGGGCCCACGCAGUUACAAGCUGCAUGCCUUCGCAGAUGCCUCCACGCGGGCUUAUGCGGCGACUAUAUAUCUCCGCGCAAUUCCGCAAUUGGAUUCGUCGGCAGUCACGCUCCUGAUUGCAAAAUCCAGAGUUGCUCCGCUUAAAACGAUUAGUGUACCCAGACUGGAACUAUGCACCGCCGUCCUGUCAGCGAGGCUGCUUCGACUGGUGACGACAACUCUCAAACUCGAAGCCAGCCCGACUUACUGUUGGACGGACUCUACCAUCGUACUGGCGUUGCUCGCUCAGCCACCAAGUCGCUGGAAGACCUUCGUUGUGAACCGAGUUGCUUACAUUCAAGCCUUGACAGCCGGAACACGUUGGCGACACGUUCCCACGUGUGAUAACCUGGCCGACUGUGCGUCUCGCGGCCUAUCCUCGACAGCAAUUAAAGCGCACCAGCUGUGGUGGUCCGGACCUCGAUGGCUCCAAAACCAUUCCGACGAUUAG